CAUUGCAGUGACACUCAUCACUCUCUCUAAAACUAAACAGUGUAGGGGAAUUGGGGGAAUCUUGCAUGGGUGAUGGAGGUGGGCAAGAGAAUCCGAGUGGUAUUCAAAGAUGACGACAUUUUGAGCGACACUCAGAAAUUGGAGGGCUUGAGCCGCAGCUGGGUUCUGCUGGAGCCCCACCGCCACGGCGCCGUUUCCGACCUCGCCUCCCAUCUCCUCCACGCUUUCCGACUCCACCAAUCAUGCCCCCACGGCCUCAUCCUCUCCAUAUCUGGCUUUGCAUUACCACCGUUUGUAUCUACCAGAAUUUUAAAAGAUGAUGAGGUUAUCAGUGUGCGGAAAAGGAAAGACAUUUUGUCAAUAGAAGGAAACAAUGCUGCCGCUAAUGAUGUUGAGAAAUUGAAAGCUCUGGAGAAGCGACCCGUAGACGCUGGCAUCUUGCUUUUAGCAAAUGGUGACUUUGAGAAAGAAAAAGGUGGUUAUGAAAGUGAAGAAUCUGAAGAUGAUGAUGAAGUCUUGUUGGACGUAGUUGAAGAUUCUGCAGCUGAAAAUUCAAGAAAGAAAAAUCGCAAAAGAAAAGCAGCCAAGAGGCUAGAAGGCAAUAAGGAGAAGAAACAACGUUCUGUGGUAACUGGAAAUGCUUCCGGUGAUGUUUGUAAAGAGAAAAAAGAUGCUUCUGUAGCUCGAGAUAAUGUGGAAAACAAAGAUAACCCUGCUAAGCAUAGUGAUGAGGACAAUGUGGUGGAGCCUGGCGAAGAGAGAAUUGUUGUUGUUCAAGAGAAAGACAACAAGACCGACGAUGCCGAAAUCCCCCCUAAGGAAACAAAAAAGGUUCCAAGUAGAAGUGCUCGGCGGGCGUAUAAAAAAAGAAUUUGGUUGCGUGAAAUGGCAAAAAUUCAGAAGCAAAAUGCUACUUGUGAAUCAGAGGGUCUACGAAACUGGAAAGAGGAUCAAGCUAAAGCUGACAGAAAAAAAUGGAAUGGCCAAUCGAACGGACAGCAAAAGUGGAAAAAAUACCAAGCUGAGGGUGAAAAGAACAAAGAUGAUGGUCAGCCAAAAGGACUACUACACUGGAAGCUAUUUUCCCAAGACAACAAGGUUGUUAAGGGAAAGAAGCAUAAACGACAUAGCCAAAAUGAUGACUGUCUGGAACUUCCAAAACAAAAUGGUGAUGUACGCAAGCAGAAAAAUCAAAAUGGUGAUGUACACAAGCAGCAAAAUCAAAAUUACGACAAACAUGAGCAGCUGACCCAAAUGAGUGACACAUUAGAGCAGCCAAGCCACGGUAUGCAUGAGCAACCAGAUCAAAACUCUGAUGCAUCAAAGCAAUCAAAUUAUAAUUGUCUGGAGGAGAAUGAAUUUGCUCCCAUCGAAAUAAGGCCAGGACAUAUCCGCUUUGAACCUUUGGAAGAAGAGGAAGCUGUGCAGCGAGAUUAUGCACCUCUGAAUACCUUUAAUUGGAAUGGAAUUACUAGCAAGAAGAAAGGCCAACAGUGGGGGAAGGAAAACUGUAGAUUCAUUCCUAGAAACGACUACGGAACAAACAAAGAGGAUUCUGAAGCACUGAUUAAAGAAAAAAAGAAUCAACCAAAUGAGAGAAUCAACUUUGAUAAGCUUCCGCCUCUUCCUGGUGCGCCUAAGAAAGGAGAUCUCAUUGCUUAUCGAGUUCUGGAAUUGUCAUCAACAUGGACCCCUGAGCUUUCUGCAUAUAGGGUUGGAAAAGUAUCUUGGUACAAUGCAGGGUCCCAGCAAAUGAUGUUACUGCCGGUACCAGAAUAUCCACUCGUUUCUGAGGAAAAUGAUGAGGGUGAAGCCACAGAACUUGAUAACUCUCUCUAUAGAGAAGAUGGGUCUUUGGAGAUUGAUUUUUCAGCACUUAUUGAUGUACGUGUCCUCACCAAUGGAGGAUCAAAACCAGGAACUAAAGCCGUUACAUUGCCUGGCAGCAGUGGCGAACCAACUUCCGAACCCAGCCCAGAUACUCGAGAAUCAGACCAUGGUAAAGAGACACAGCAGCCUAGUGGAGAAAUUGGUGGGAAUGUGUGGGACCAAUUGAGUGAGGCUCUAUAUGCCAAAAAGGAGCAACUAUCCAAGGAAAAUGGUUGGGGCAGUACCCCCAAGAAGGUGGUAAUCUAUAGUGACAAUAGUUGGGGGAAGAAUGUGAAGAAGAUGCAACCAUCACCUGGAAGUAACUGGGGCAAGAAACAACAGCCGUCACAGGACAACAGUUGGGGGAAGCAGAAUGUAGGCAGUAAAUCAUGGUCGCAUAAAGCUGAGAGGCAACACACUUGGUCCAACAAUGGCUAUGCUGAGGUCAAAGCGGGAUACAUGAACGACCGGAACUAAAAGAAACUUGAUCUGUGAGGUUUUUUGCUUGUGUGAAGCAAUGAAACUUGUUGGCUAGUUUGUGAGGUUUUUCGCUUGUGUGAUAGCAGCGUAUGUGGUCUUCUCAAUCCAUGUAAAUGGCCAUCGAUUUCGAUAUCUUUAUUUUGGUAGGAAGCUUAAGCUAAUUCAACUUUUUACA